AUGUCCGACUUGUGUCCUGUUUAUGCGCCUUUCUUUGGUUCCAUUGGUUGUGCAGCAGCUAUUGUUUUCACCUGUUUUGGUGCCUCAUACGGAACUGCUAAAUCAGGUGUCGGUAUCUGUGCUACUUCAGUUACCAGACCAGACCUUUUAGUUAAAAAUGUUGUUCCUGUUGUUAUGGCGGGUAUUAUUGCCAUUUAUGGGUUGGUCGUCUCUGUCCUUGUGAGUGACUCAUUAGCUCAAAAGCAAGCAUUAUAUACCGGUUUUAUCCAAUUAGGUGCUGGUUUGUCAGUUGGAUUGUCCGGUUUGGCCGCUGGUUUCGCCAUUGGAAUUGUGGGUGACGCGGGUGUCAGAGGUACUGCUCAACAACCAAGAUUGUUUGUCGGAAUGAUUUUGAUCUUGAUUUUCGCUGAAGUGUUGGGUUUGUACGGUUUGAUUGUGGCAUUAUUGUUGAACUCGAGAGCUUCACAAGAUGUGACUUGUUAG